UCUUGAAUAAAUAUACUCCUACUAUUGGGGCAAGUCGUCCUGACCAUCAGCAGUUAUGAACAUUAUCACGAUGGUUUCAUCUACCUUCUUCAUACUUUCUCUCAUUUUCUCCUCUUCCUAUGCUCUUAUGCAAGAUUUCUGUGUAGCAGACUACAAAGCUCCUACAAGCCCUGCAGGAUACUCUUGCAAAAACCCUUCCGAUGUUAAGGUAGACGAUUUUGUGUUCUCCGGCUUAGGAGUGCCUAGUAACAGCUCAAACAUAAACAAAGUCGGAAUCAAAGCUGCAUUUGUUGCUCAAUAUCCUGGCCUCAACGGCCUCGGUCUUGCGCUCGCUCGGGGCGAUUUCGAAGUUGGUGGAGUUGUUCCUUUGCACACGCAUUUCGCUUCAGAGGCCAUACUUGUUGCGGAAGGCAAAGUUAUAGCCGGGUUCAUCGCCUCGGAUAACAAAGCUUAUGUGAAAACUCUGAAGAAGGGUGAUGUUAUGGUCUUACCUCGUGGUUUGCUUCACUUCCAAGUAAAUGCAGGUGAUACUCGAGCUCUUGUGUUUGCUACCUUCAGUAGUGAUGACCCAGGUGUGCAGUAUCUGGAGAAUGCACUGUUCCAAAACGACUUCCAUACUGAUUUGAUAGCUAAGACUACUCUCCUUGACACUGCUGAGAUUAAGAAACUUAAGGCUCUUCUUGGUGGUACUAAUUGAAGCACUGUAAACCCCACAGU